AUGCCCCGACUCGCCACUUUUGCGUAUACCAACAUCGAUUACUGCUGCCAGUGGGGCCCUCCGGACGACUACCCAAUCUUCAGCUUCACGAACGAUCGAGCAACCCGAACAAUUACCGUACAGUGGAUAUCAAUUACCGGAUACAAGCCAGGCAAGAGAGUGGCAAAUGCUUGGGGAUUCCGACUGUCAGAUAUGACCGUCAAGUACGACGGCCCCAAGGUAACGUCUAGAAUCGAGCUGUCGGUUUGGCCACCGACGAAGACCUGA